CUUCGUCCUGAGGAAACUGCUGACCAAGGUAUUUUCGGGUCGCGGGUCGCUCUUGAUGCCGACACCCUCGCCGUUUUGGGUUCAUCGGCCGCAUCAACGAAAACGGUCUAUGUCUUCACGCGUGACAAUCCUGGAAAUCUUGGAUCAGGCUGGUCUCAAGUCGCUAAGCUUUAUCCAGAGAUUGACCCGUCUAAUUUUGGUUGGGGACUAUCCAUCAGCGGCGAUACACUAGCGAUAUCGGAUCCUAGACAAACAUAUAAUGAGGGUAUUGGAGUUGUGCACAUCUACAAGCGAGAUGACCCGCAUGAUCUAUCCUCUGGUUGGUCAAGGGUCACCCGUUUGACGGCAAGUCACGAGUUGACGUCUUAUACACAUGUUGUGGGUAUUGGCACCACUCUUUCACUACAUGGUGACACAUUGGUAGCUGGGGCAUAUUUGUUUGGUGAUGGGGAUCGCGGGCAGGCGAUUGUAUUUACACGAGAUAUUGCUGGUAAUCUUUCAUCGACUUGGACGCAACGUGCGAGACUCGAAGGCCACGAUACUGGCGCAGGUGAUCGUUUGGGGGGUAAAGUGUCGUUGAAGGACGAUACUUUGGUAGCGGGCGCAUACGCUCAUGACCAUUCCGGCGUGGCGAACACCGGCGCUGCGUACGUGUUUACGCGUGAUGCAGCCGGCGACCUCACAUCGGGCUGGACACAAGUUGGAUGCCCUGACAACUGUGAGUUGGGUAAACUCACCGCUGGAGACGAUAUCCCCGACGCUCAAGGAGGGGUUCUUGGUUUUGGCGAUAGUGUGAACAUUGACGGUGAUAUCAUCGUGGCCGGUUCUGGAACUUACCCGUAUUACCAUAUAAACACGGGUCGGGCGUGGGUUUUUGUUCGCAACGAGCUUGGCGUUCUUGCGUCGGGCUGGACACGCCAGGCAACGCUGAGCCCAGACGCUGUAGAUGGGACAUCGGGUCUAUUCGGAUACGGGGAAACAGUAGGGAUCAGUGGUUCUACCAUAUCAGUUGGCUCACUCGCCAAAGGGCACGCUUAUGUUUUUUCUGCGCUCGCAUGUCACACCAACACCACGCCGCCUGUCAACGGUGCGAAAGGCAACUGCUCACAUAUGCUCCUUUCGAUCAAAGGAUUUUCUCACUGUCAGCCCACAUGCAACGAGGGAUACACGCUCUCUGGAUCGCAAUCGUGUUAUUUGGGAACGCUCACGGACACGGCAGAGUGUCAGGCAGAUCCCUGCGUUGCCUCCGACGAUCCGGCCAAGGACGGGAGCGACGGUAUCUUCUACUGCAUCAACGGCGGCACCGUCGGCGGCACAACCACAGCAUGCACGUGCGACUGUAACCCAGGAUACGAAGACGCGAGCUGCCAGACGGCGAGUGCGUGCACCGCAUCAUCGGAUCCGGCCAAGGACGGGAGCGACGGUAUCUUCUACUGCAUCAACGGCGGCACCGUCGGCGGCACAACCACAGCAUGCACGUGCACAGACUGUAACCCAGGAUACGAAGACGCGAGCUGCCAGACGGCGAGUGCGUGCACCGCAUCAUCGGAUCCGGCCAAGGACGGGAGCGACGGUAUCUUCUACUGCAUCAACGGCGGCACCGUCGGCGGCACAACCACAGCAUGCACGUGCGACUGUAACCCAGGAUACGAAGACGCGAGCUGCCAGACGGCGAGUGCGUGCACCGCAUCAUCGGAUCCGGCCAAGGACGGGAGCGACGGUAUCUUCUACUGCAUCAACGGCGGCACCGUCGGCGGCACAACCACAGCAUGCACGUGCACAUCUUGCGCCACGAGAUACGGCGGCAAGAACUGCCACAUAGGCCCUUGCGACAUGGAGAAGUCGUGCUUUGACUUCAACUUGCGAAACGGGAUGACCACGCCGGCGUCCUGCGCGUUCCUGGGAGAUGAAGAUGUCACCGAGUGUAAGAGUUGAAACGCUCGUGAUGAUAAUUUGCGUAUUCGCGUAGCAACAGAUUUGUAUCGCGGCGCGCGCCCCUCCCUC